ACUAACAGCAGCGUCCCCGGCUGCUGCCUUCAGGGACCGUCUCUGUUCAGCUCUCUGUGUCCGCCCGGACUCAACAAGACCGUCCAGCUCCUCAGCAGCAUCAUCCUCCCUCACCUGCACCACAGCUCUCUCUCUGGGUGCACUAUCCUCCUUCACGGUCCCGCAGGAAGCGGGAAAGUGACGGCGGUGAGCGCGGCGGGUCGCAGAUUGAACCUCCACCUGCUCAAGGUGGACUGUGUCAGUGUGUGUGCUGACACCACUGCAGCCUCGGAGGUGAAGUUGGCGUCAGUGUUCCAGCGGGCGGGCGCUCUGCAGCCGUGCAUCCUGCUUCUCAGAAACCUGCAGCUCCUGAUCAAACCUCGAGGGGGCGGCGAGGAGGACGGCCGGCUGCAGGCGUCGCUCUGCCAGAUGCUGCAGAGCGCCCCCAACAGUGUGGUUGUCAUAGCAACAGUCUGCAGACCUAGGGACCUGUCCACAGGUGUCAUGGUGGCGUUUGUCCAUCAAGUGGAGUUAGAGAGUCCCUCUGAGGAACAGAGACUCACCAUGCUGGUCCACCUGAGCCGAGACCUGAACCUGGGGAGAGACGUGGACCUGCAGAGAGUCGCCAAAGUCUCUGCGGGUUUGGUUUUGGGGGAUCUGAGCGCUCUGAUGGUGGAGGCAGGCAGAGCCGCCUGCAGGAGACUCACCUGUGUCGCUCGGCAGGAGGCGGACCUGUGCUCAAGCGGAGUGACCAUCAUGAACCAGGACUUCAGCUCCGCCCUCCAGACGCUGCAGGAUGCUCAGUCCACCGCCAUAGGAGCCCCAAAG